GCCGUGAACACGGGUAGCGACAAGGACCAAAAUUCUGUCCGGUAGCAGUUGUUGUCCCUGGGAAAAAAGGCUGGUAUCUGCCCCCCCCCCCCUACCUCAGUACAGAGACACCUCGCUUGUUCAAAGUGCGUCUGCUCUGCAAGGGAGAAUAUCUGAGACACAUUACAAUGCUGCAAAUAAGGGACCUCGUAUGGGGAUUGCUAUUGAUUGGCUGUGCAGCCGCCAUCCAGGUGCAGAUCACGCCAACACAGGGAGAGAUCAGCGUGGGAGAGUCCAAGUUCUUCCUCUGCGAAGUGACGGGAGAUGCUAAAGACAUCGACUGGUACGCCCCCAGCGGGGAGAAGAUCCUUCCCAACAGGCCGGACAUCAUCGUCAGCCGCGGAGAUGAAACCAUGUCCACCCUCACCAUCUACCACGCCAACGUGGACAGCGCCGGCAUCUACAAGUGUGUCGCCAAGAACGGAGACAAGGAGGCGCAGGCCACGGUGCAAGUGAAGAUCUUCCAAAAGAUCACCUUCGAGAGCGCUCCCAGCCCUCAGGAGUUCAAUGAAGGCGAUGACGCCGCCAUUGUCUGCAACGUGGUCAGCUCUCCUCCCCCCACCAUCAUCUGGAAACAUAAAGGCUCCAAGAUCCAGGCUGCCAAAGACGUGCGAUUCAAGAUCCUGGAUAAGGGCCACCUGCAGAUCCGCGGCAUCAAGAAGAUCGACGAGGGCAUGUACAACUGCGAGGCGCGAGUCAUGGCCCGCGGAGAGAUCGACUUCAGGAUGAUCAAGGUCGUCGUUAACGUGCUCCCCACCAUCCGGGCCAGGGUCUCCGAUGUGAACGCCACCGCGGAUAUCGGGGCCUCGGCUCUGCUGGCCUGCGACGCCGAUGGCUUCCCCGAACCCACCGUCACCUGGGCACAUAACAACAUCGUCCUUGAAAACGGCGAUAAGUACAGCCUGGGUGAGGAUGGUUCUGAAUUGGAAAUAAAAGAUGUCAAGAAAGUGGAUGAAGGAGAUUACACUUGCAUCGCCAAGAACAAGGCGGGAGAGAAAGCCGAGGAAGUGAGCCUGAACGUGUUCGUGCAACCCAAGAUCACCUACCUGAACAACAAGACGGCCUCAGAGUUUGAUGAGCAGGUGAUCCUGACCUGCGAGGCCUCAGGAGACCCCACCCCCACCAUCUCCUGGAGCUUCGAGAACCGGGUGUUCACUGAAGGAGAGCAGGCUUCUUGGACGCGACCAGACAAAUAUGAGAGCCUCGACAGAAACAUUGUGGUCCGCAGCCACGCUCGGGUGUCCUCGCUCACCCUGAAGAACGUCCUGUUCACGUACGCCGGGCAGUACCUCUGCAGCGCCAGCAACUCCAUCGGACAGGACGAGCAGCUCAUGUUCCUGGAAGUCCGCUAUGCUCCGAAGAUCCUGGGCUUGGUGACGGUGUACACGUGGGAGGGGAACGCCGCCAACAUCAGCUGCGAGGUGGAGGCUCACCCCGGAGCCGCCGUGCUGUGGUUCAGAGACGGCCUGCAGCUGCCCUCCGCCAACACCACCAACGUGAAGAUCUACAACACCCCCUCCGUCAGCUACCUGGAGAUCACUCCUGAUUCCCAGAACGACUUUGGGAGCUACAACUGCACCGCCUCCAACGUGAUGGGCUCCGAGUCUAAGGAGUUCCUUCUGAUCCAAGCAGAGGUGCCGUCAUCACCAGAAAUCCAACAGGUGGAUCCUUUCUCCAGCACCGCGGUUGUGAGCUUCGAGGAGCCCGACUCCAUGGGGGGGGUUCCCAUCAUCAAGUACAGGGUGGAGUGGCGUCUGCCCGGCCAGGAGUGGAAGAGCGUGGAGCACGACGCUAAGGACGACCUGAUCAGCAUCACCAUCACUGGCCUGAAGCCGGAGACCGCCUACAAGGUCAGGAUGUCCGCCAUCAACGGCAAAGGCGAGGGCGAGAGCAGCGCGGUGAGCAGCUUCACCACCGAGCCCGUCCGGGAACCCAGUGCACCUAAACUGGAGGUGAAGGUCCAGGAGAGGGGCAACUCUCUGAAGGUGAACUGGAUCAAGCAGGACGACGGCGGCUCCCCCAUUAAACACUACCUGGUCCGAUACAAGGCUAAACACGUGUCUGAGUGGAAGCCAGAGAUCCGUAUCCCUCAGAACAGCGAGUACGUGACGCUGAGCGGCCUGGACUGGAACACGGAGUACGAGGUGUACGUGGUCGCCGAGAACCAGCAGGGCAAGUCGGACCCCGGCAUCGUGUCCUUCAGAACAGCCAGCGACCCCACCACCAUCCCAGAUGCGGCGAGCGGAGGUUCAGGUCUGGGCACCGGCGCCAUCGUUGGCAUCCUCAUCGUGGUCUUCUUCCUGCUGCUGGUGGGCGUCGACGUCACCUGCUACUUCCUGAACAAAUGCGGCCUGCUCAUGUGCAUCGCCGUCAACUUCUGCGGGAAGGCCGGGCCGGGGGCCAAGAACAAGGACAUCGAGGAGGGCAAGGCUGCGUUCACGAAAGAUGAGUCUAAGGAGCCCAUCGUGGAGGUGAGAACGGAGGAGGAAAACACUCCGAGCCAGGGCGGGGGUCCCACUGAGCCCAACGAGACCACGCCCCUCACAGAUCCUGAGCCUGCCGCUGCAGACUCCACCUCCCCGGUGGUGAACGUGCUCCCCUCCACCGCCAAUAACUCAGUUGCUGAGAGCUUUAGCACGGCGCAGAGCAGUCCAGUUAGCGAGAGCACCACGCUAACCAUCAGCACCUGCAGCCCCACCAAAGCCCCCCCCCAAAACAGCCCCACUGCCCAAUCCAGUUCUUCUAACGCUAACCCCCAGCCUGAUGUUGGGCCCCUGGUCGACCUGAGUGAAACCCCUAAAGCCCCCCCCACGUCCGACCCAACAGAGGCUAAUGCCAACAGUUCACAGAGCGCCCCGAGUACGGACUUACAGGUAGACGGCCCGACCAAGGAUGCGCCCAAUGCCCCGUGCACAGACUCGACUACACCGGCCCAAAAUGACGGUAAGACUGUGAAGGAGGAAAAGACUAAAGUCGGCGAGACGGAGGUGAAGAACGCCACGGCCGAGGUGAAGACGGUCCCCAGCGAGGCUCCGCAGACGAACGGCAACGAAAGUAAAGCGUAAAACGGGAAGAAGAAGGGUGGUUGGGGUAACGGGGGGGGGGGUUUAACGGGGUGUGGGGUUUUUAAGGUUAAAAAGAGGGGGGGUCACAGUCACUGAAACCUCAAAAAAGCAAUGUCACGCACCACCCCAUCGCAUCAGGAGAAAAAUACAUCAUGAGUCAUUUUCUACAGUGUCUUCUGACCAAGGAAAUGUAAAGACCUCAUGCACAUGCCUUAGUUUCAUCUUACAUCUGCUCGUCACAGAAAAUAAAUCCAUAGUUCAUCCUCUCUCUCGUUUGAAAUAUUAAAUUGGUUACGAAGGGAAAGUAAUCCAUGCUAUUUUCCUGUAGAUAACCCUGGUUGGACUGUAGCUUUACACACACAUGUAAGGAGACAUUACCACCCCUCCUUUAUGCAGUACGGUCAUCACCCUGCUAAUGGAUUAUGGGUCUUUCUUCCUUUGUCGAUAUUCUGUUGUGUUUAAAUAAUGUACUGCCUAUUUAGCUUUUCUAAAUGUGUUAUUUCCAGGGCUAGAGAUUAGAGCGUUAGCAUGCCUGUUUUUUGCAAAGUUACUGUAUUUCUGUACAUGUUGCUGUCAUUUAGAUUUGUUUGCUCAAAUGUUGUCUCCAAAUGGUUCUGGUGGAGUAAUCUUUUAAAGCCUAAGCUACGAGAAACGGAAGAAAGAUUUGCGUUUCGACCCUGUCUCCUCAAGAAAUAUGUUCAUAUGUACAUUUAUGUUGGUAUGUAGGUCCGCCUGAUGCAUUUUACUUUGCCGAUAUGUUAUGAAAAUGUCUUUCUAUUGCUGCUUAUGAGCGUAUUUUUCAAGGAGACAGGGUUAGGGUUAAGAGGUGAUCACAUUAAGGAUACCAGCUGUGUUAUUUUGAGGGGCCACAUCCCUCAGAGUCCAAAUUCAAGACUAAAUAUAACUCACAACAAAAGACAAGCACUGCCUUAUUUUGCCUGUAUUUGUGUCUCAAGUGUCCUAACAUCCACCGGCUGAUUACGUUCAUACUCGUGAAGUCAGAAAAUGAUCAUGUGACCAAAUGUCCCGGGUGUGUCCACAUGAUCCCUCGUUAAUAUAUGAGCAAAACCAAUGAGACGGGAUGCUACAGGAUGUAAAUAAUGGAAGUCUUGCCAGACGUUGGAAGUAUCUAUACAGGGAAAGUUCAAUAGGUUAUCCGUUGUGUCACGAUAGGGAAGCCUGAACGCUUAACUGUCCCGGGUGCAGGUUAGUUUCGUCCUUUAGUGAUACACUUAAGGAACCAUGUCAUCGAGCGAGGUGGCUCCUCUAAAGGGAAACCACUUACUUAAUGUGUGUGUCGUUAAUAUUAUCGAUAGAGUGCUUCAGGUCCUGGAAUUUAGCUUCUCCCCCGGAUCCCUAGACAAAAAAACAAUUGGAUUUUGAAUUAUUGCGGAAAAAGGCUCCAGCCACUGACCCUCUUUCAAGCAUCUAUCAAAAAACCAUUGACUUCAAGAGGAGGGAAUAGGAAGUGCUAAAAUGCUGACUCAUUCCUUGGGUUUCGGACUCAUUCCUGCACCACUCCACUUUUUCUACAAAACCACCUUUAUCUCCUUCUCUCUCACAUAUACACCUUUAAAGAUUUGGGGUUGAACUCUAAAGGCUACGUGUGUUUUGUCUAAGUUAUUUCAGUCAGCAGGUUUGUCGCUCAAACUCCUCUGCCAGCAAUUAGCCUCUCCCCGAUAUUCCUUUAGAUUGAACAUCUCUUCCUUCUCUUAUGGUUCAUAGCCAUCAUUGCCUUCUCUGUGCUAACCACUAUUGUUCACCGCUCAGCCGUCCUCUCUUCCCCCACACCGCGUGAGUUUAUGUAUUGUAGGUUUUAGUACAGUUCACUUAAUCACUCCCAACACGAGGUCCACUUAGCGGAAAUUCUCUGGAAAAAUGUCUGUAAAUUACAAAGAAUGAGACCACAGUUGUUUUUCCGAUAAGCCCAGCCAGAAAAAUAGUAGAAAUUGAGAUUUGUUAAGAGAAUACACACACUGUAUGAAGAAGUGUGUGUGGACGAGUUUUAAAGGACUAUACUUACGAAUACACGAUGAUAAUCUGUGUUAUCGCUGCAUCAGUACUCACAGACAGCGUUAUAACAAACAGCAGCUGGUUUAAUUUAAUGUUAAUAAAUAUGAUUUAUUUACUGCUAAAAGAAAACCCAAACUGCUGCAACCAUGAAGGGAAUGCAAGUUUAGAUCUGCUAAAUUUGGUGCAGACAAUUUAGAUGUUUUUAUUGGGGUUUUUGGAAAGAAGGUAGAAUUCAAUUUGAACUCAAAAGACGUAGUUGGUUAUAAACAGCAGAAACAAAGUAAAGGCACCAUUUUUGUACUUUUGGACGUUAAAGAAAAAGCAAAUUGAGAUUUUAGAGAACGCCAAUGCUAACAUGUUAGCAUGCACGCUAUUGCUAAAAGGAAACCCAUCGGCUACAACCAUGAAGGAAACUGCACAUGUCAUUUUGGUGCAGAAAAUUAGAUUUUUAUAAGAAUUAGAAAAGAAUAAAAUAUAUAAAAAUGUAACUCAAACGAAAAACAUCUGGAUUCACAGCAACAGUUUGAAUAAAACUCACUGAAUGCAUAAAUCUGAACCUUUUUUGUACCUUUUUAGAUGUUAAAAAUAAAGCAGAUUGAGAUUUGCUAACUUUUUAGCAUGCACGCUGGACAGAAACACCUAGACUUUAUCACCAGUCCAUUAAAUAUUUGGUAACACGACCAAAAGCUAGUCUAGUCCUUUGAAACUCAUUUAAAUAAAAGCUGUCAGGUGCUCUUAUAUAAGGAUUCAAUGGAGAUCCUGAGCCUGUGAUUGUGUCUUUAAAUGAAUGUACACACACACACACACACACACACACACACACACACACACACACACACACACACACGAGCCAUUAGCCUUUCAGUUUCCCGUCCUUUUUAAAUAAAACUGAAUGAAGAAGACAUUUGCUCCUUUAAGUUAUGAAGGAUUCUAGUGUUUGAAAGUCUGUUUUUGGAAGGUUUUUCUUUGUGUACAGUGUUCCUCUUCUUUAGACUGCAAGCUAGUCCACUGUGAAUGUGUGAGUCCAAUGUGUGUUUUGUCAUAGCGAGUAGUUUGAUCGUGAAUAGGCGAUAGGAUUUUUCCAACAGCAGCCAACUGGAAAGACACAGUGCCUUUGAAUUACAGAAAGUGGUGGCAUGCAUUACACUCCUCUCGGUGUCUGAACGUUAAAAAACAAAUCACAUCUCCAUCUUUCUGCAGACUUUUCAUUUACUACAUGGUCACAGGUGUGCAGCGCUUUGUUAAAGAGCUAUUCUGGGUUAUUACAGCCGUCUUAUUUUAGUAGUUUCACUGAGAAAGAAGGUAGAAACAUCACUAAAAUAAGGCUGCAAUGAAGUAGAAUUAUUCUUAAAAACCAUUACAUUUAAACACCAUAAAACACAAUGACACUUUGCUCAGGUCCCAAGUCAAUAAAGUCAAUAAAUGAUCUGAAAUUGUUGGAUUUGUCAGGUAAAAGCAUGCAAAAUAUAUUAGAAAUCACAGUUUUGGAAAUGGAAAAGAUAAUGAAGGCUUCAUGUGUUGUUAUUGAUCUUCUUUCAAGUGUUGCGUAACCUGUUUCAAACGUUUUGUUUCGUUGGUUUUCUUUUGUUUGCUUCACAGAGCUCUGAAAUGUAAUUAAAAAGGAAGAGUCUUCAUGAGCAGAUGUUACUGUUUCUUCUGAAAUACAGUGUGAAAAUAUA